CAAAUUUUGAGCUCGGCGGUCAGUUUUAGUUUUAAGUCUUUCGGCCUUUUCUACACGUUUCUUUUUGGAAAAUUCCUCAUCCAAACAUUGCCAAUCCCGGUCACAGGCGUUUCGACGACACGGCCAGCUCUGUGGAAAAAGCACGCUUUUACUUUUUUACGCCCUUUUCAAUCGAUCACUGAAUUUAAUGAAUCUACCGUAGUCGAUAUCAGGUUAUGUUUUGAUGGUUACGUUUCGACACUAAACUCCUCUCAUAAGACGAUUCGGACUGAUAAAGGUUAAAAAUCAGUUACGUAAUGCCGUCGGCUCGGCUGACUCUACGCGAGGAGGACGUAGUCCGAUUGGCCCUCGAAUUUCUACACAAUCGGGACCUUCAUAUAUCUCAGUUGAGUUUGGAAAGGGAGUCCGGCGUCAUAAAUGGAAACUACUCCGACGACGUGUUCUACCUCCGCCAGCUCAUACUGGACGGGCAAUGGGAUGACGUGCUCGAGUUCAUCCAGCCCCUGGAAGUGCUACCUGCUUUCGACAUGCGCAAAUUCCAAUAUACAAUCCUGAAACAUAAAUAUGUCGAAUUGUUGUGCAUCAAAUCCGAAGCCGGCGGCAUGGCCAAUGGGGAACCUGCAGUUCAGGAGAUAGUAAAAGUAUUGGAGGAACUGGAAAAAUUAGCGCACAGCAAGGAAGAAUACUCGAAUCUCUGUCUCCUACUCACGUUGCCGCGCCUUAGUGACCAUCUCCAGUAUAAGAACUGGAAUCCGAGCAACGCACGCGUUUUGUGUUUCCGAGAAGUGUUUCCGCUGGUGGAAAAGUUUCUAGUGUCGGAUAGGAGAUCAGCCGCAGGCGAACCGAUUCAAGGCCCUUUUGCCCAAGCUGCAAAAAACGAUAGACUCAUCCAAUUGAUAAUUAAGGGGCUGUUGUACGAAUCCUGCGUUAACUACUGUCAGGCGAAAGCUGUCGGCACCACGGGUCCGAACUGUAACGAAAUGAACUUUUCGAAAUUGCUCGACGGUGCACCGGCAUUCAGCGAUUCGGAUCUCAGCCUGCUGUCGUGGCUCCAGAGCAUCCCUGCAGACACUUUCUCAGUGCCUUUCGAACAAAAGACGCUUAAUGUAGACGUGGAACGGUUGGAGAGACCUUCCCUCGAAACCUCCUGGACAGAACACAUGUUGGUCACACCAAUCAAGCCAAAGAACUUUCCGUAUCCGGAGAUGCCUUUCAGGAGGCCGCGGUCUGCAGCAGACAUAAUGACCAGAUCUCUCCUGCCGGCUCUCGAAGGCCUCCCUCACGGCCUGCAGUUUCCCAGUCAUCCGGCCAGUGCUAAAAACGGAAAAACGACCAUGGCACUGUCCACUGGCGACAUACUCUCAGACGCUAUGAGUAGAUCCUCUUUCGCCAGUUUCCAUUUGACCGGUCUUAAGAACAACCAAUUGAUGAACACCUCAGUCGACAGGCUUUUUGAAAACGACCCCAACGUAUUUCUGAGCAGUAGUUACACGGAAUUCGGCCUACAGCCGAUUUCGGAAGCUGGGAGUACGCCGACACCUCCAAAAGCGCAAAGGGAGAGAUCCAUAAGUCCGAAGCUGGGCCAGGCGAUUAACCAUCCUUCGACUCCCUCGACUCCGGAGCACAGAGAAAACAGUUUCGACGGAGACCUCCUUCGAGAAUAUCAACGAAUGAAACACGUUCAAGAUAACGCGCAGAUGCAGCAGAACAACUGCCGCAACCAACACACAGACGACAAAAAUCGAAUUCACCUCGUUGAAAAGCGACUCGCUGAUGAAAAAAAGUGGAACAUUUCUUUUAAGCAGCCGUCUCAGUUGUCCUACCAGUCGUCAUCCAAGUUUAGAAUUCAGGAAGACGGGUGUAAGUUGGAAAGCGAUGCGCUUUUCUCUUCAGACCGGUAUUCGAUCCUCGACAAGUGCCAGUUAUCUUCAGAACGAAGUCGUGAACAAGUAAGUAAGAAGUAUUGCACGAAAGUUUCAUCGGAAUUCGAAUUUCGAUUGUAGUAAGUAUAAGUGUUG